AUGGAGCCAGGCUCACCAGCGGGCGCGGGUGCUGAAGCCCCGGCUUUUUACAGUGAGCGCAAGCUCUCUAGAAAGCAGCUCAAGAAACUUGCAAAAGCUGAGCGAGAGUAUGAGGAAGAGCGUCGCAAAGAACUAGAGGCUGCUCAGGCUGUGGAUACCGCUCAAAAACGCGAGCUCGCUCGUAUUGAGUCGAUUCUCCGGACCCAUGCUUUACGAAUGGAGUACGUGGAACCCGAUGGUCACUGCCUCUUCCGAGCACUCGUUCGGCAACUUCGCCCUCUCAUUCAGUCGGGACUUUUCGACACAUACUUCCCUGCGGCGGAUACAGAGACGCGCAGCGCUCUCUUGACCUGGAGCACGAUUCCUGAUGAAAUGGAGGCGGUUUGGUUGUUGCGGAAGACGCUGGCCUCGUUCAUUCGUCGUCGGGGAACCGAGUUUUUCCCCUUCAUCGUCGGUGAGUUGGAUCCCCAAGGAACGCUUCUCGACGCUAGUGACGAUCCAGCAGAGCGUGUCGCGCAGUACUGCGCUCGACUCGAGGAUGGAACGCUCUGGGGAGGCCAGCCCGAACUCCAAGCGGUCGCGCUCGCCCUGCGGUGUCGCGUUUUCGUCUUUGCCGACCCAGAGAUUCUACCCAAUGGGAUGCUCGUCAUGGGGGCCGAUGACGCAUCCACAGACACUGGGGCAGAAUCCGUGACAGCGCUUCGGGUAUCCUUCCACAAGCAAUUCUUCUCUCUAGGCGAGCAUUACCAUGCGGUGGUUCCAGCGGAUGACUCCCGCGGCGACGCCCGGGAUCCCAGGAUAUCAGCAUCGUGA